GCCGCCGCUCCACUGCCCGCGCCGCCCGCGGCUCCCGAUGGAGACUGACGCGCCCCAGCCCGGCCUCGCCUCCCCGGACUCACCGCACGACCCCUGCAAGAUGUUCAUCGGCGGACUCAGUUGGCAGACGACGCAGGAAGGGCUGCGAGAAUACUUCGGCCAGUUCGGGGAGGUGAAGGAGUGUCUGGUGAUGCGGGACCCCUUGACCAAGAGAUCCAGGGGUUUCGGCUUCGUCACUUUCAUGGACCAGGCGGGGGUGGAUAAGGUGCUGGCGCAAUCGCGACACGAACUCGACUCCAAAACAAUUGACCCCAAGGUGGCCUUCCCUCGAAGAGCACAACCUAAGAUGGUGACUCGAACGAAGAAGAUCUUUGUGGGGGGGCUGUCGGUGAAUACCACGGUGGAGGACGUGAAGCAAUAUUUUGAGCAGUUCGGCAAGGUGGACGAUGCCAUGCUGAUGUUUGACAAAACCACCAACAGGCACCGAGGGUUUGGUUUUGUCACUUUUGAGAGCGAGGACAUCGUGGAGAAAGUGUGUGAAAUCCACUUCCAUGAAAUCAACAACAAGAUGGUGGAAUGUAAGAAAGCGCAGCCAAAGGAGGUGAUGUCACCGACAGGGUCAGCCCGGGGGCGGUCUCGAGUCAUGCCCUACGGAAUGGACGCCUUCAUGUUGGGCAUCGGCAUGCUGGGCUACCCAGGUUUCCAAGCCACAACCUAUGCCAGCCGGAGUUACACAGGCCUUGCCCCUGGCUACACCUACCAGUUCCCUGAAUUCCGUGUAGAGCGGACCCCUCUCCCGAGCGCCCCAGUUCUCCCCGAGCUUACAGCCAUCCCUCUCACUGCUUAUGGACCAAUGGCGGCGGCGGCGGCGGCGGCAGCUGUGGUUCGGGGGACAGGCUCUCACCCCUGGACGAUGGCUCCCCCUCCAGGUUCCACUCCCAGCCGCACAGGGGGCUUCCUGGGGACCACCAGCCCGGGCCCCAUGGCUGAGCUCUAUGGGGCGGCCAACCAGGACUCGGGGGUCAGCAGUUACAUCAGCGCCGCCAGCCCCGCCCCCAGCACUGGUUUCGGCCACAGUCUUGGGGGUCCCUUGAUUGCCACAGCCUUCACCAAUGGGUACCACUGAAGCAGGCACAGGUGGCAAGAGCACCCCAACCUGCAGCCCAUUGAGGACCAGAGUGAGCCAGCGAGGGGUGGAGACACCUCAGCCGCAAGCCGCCCAGCCCCCGCCCGCCACGACUCGGACCGGCCCUGCCUGUCCCCUGUCCACGGGCCCAGCCCCGCCCUGCCCCCCACAGCCGCCCCCACUAACUGCCCUUCUCUGCCCCCGCCCCUCCUCCCCACUUGCCCCUCUCCCCGCCCAUUUUUAUUUAUUUUGGAUUAGCCACCCCAAGCCCCCUUCUCCUUUCCUGGCUCUGCCUCCUCCCUCCUUGCUGCCCCAGUAGGACACCCCCGAAGGCUUUUGUAUCUGUGAGUAGCUAGAGUGAGGGCGGAGGGAGCCUGCCACAGGCCACAGCCCCAACCCUUGUUUUUUAUUCUGAUUUUCCCUCUUUCGCUCUUUUUUUUUUUUUUUAAAGAAACUUUUUAAACUAUUUCUAGGUUUGUGAAUGUGAAGCCCCAGGCCGCAGGGGGCAAGGGGCCAGGUGCCCCCCCCACCAGCUGAGAACAAAGUGUCUAUGUGGGUGUGGGCCCCUGGCUGCCUCCCUCCAGCCCUGAAGAGGGGGUGCAGGGCUGCGGGUAGGCCAGGCCGAGCCCCUGGAACCAUCCUGUCCUGUAUCAUAUGUAAAUACUGUGGGGUGAACCCCCCACCCUUCCGUAAGACCCCUUGUGGGUGAUGGUGUUGUCUGACCCCACAGGGCAAAGGUCUCCCCUCCCCUGCUUCUGUCCCCUCCUCAGACACCGUUACUGUAAGCUUGCAGGCCUCAGCUUUGGCCACAGCAGGCCCACAUUCUCAGGCCCUCAGGGGUCAAGGCCUUGGGCCUACUCACCCCCCAAAACCCAGUGUAGGGGCAAGGGGCGAGGGAAGAGAAGGGCUUGCCCAGAACCACUGCUGGAAAAGAAUUAGCUCUCCAAAGGCCUCUUUGCCCCCCUGCUUAGGUGGGACAACCUUCAUGGUUUUUGCCCUGAGCUCCCCCCCCCCCAAUGAUUGGGUACCAGGGGCACUUUAGUAAGGGGCAGAUUCUACCAGGGGAAAGCAAAGGACUUCUCAGGGAACCCCCACAUUCUCACUGAAGUUUCCCACCAGGAUGGGCCCACGGCCAAAGCCUCUGGUAGCCCCUGACCCCAGAGCCCGGUGCAGACUGAAAAGACAGGCUCAGGGUACAAACCUGAAGUGUGACCUGGUUGGUGUGGCACCCACUGUUGUCUCUCCUCUGGGUCCCUUCCCCAGCAGAGCUCCCAGCCCUCAAAGCACCCUUUGGAGAGUUAAUUGUCUUGUGUGAGGUGCUCAACCCAUUGGCCCUGACAACACAAAGCAAUAAUCUUUGUUACUGAGAUGCGCGGCUGUUUGCGUUUUUUUUUUUUUUAAUAUUUCCUAAUAAAAGAGAAGCUGCAUUUUAUUGGUUUUUAUUUUUAAUUUUAUACACAUCUGAGCUGAGUUCCAAGAGACUUAGCUUCCCUUCCCAUCCCUAGACCCUCUCACCUCACCAGGCCCACCCAUGGGAUCAGGGCCCUGGAAUUCUGUUUUCUGAUUUGUUUGAAGAACUUUUUUUUUUUUUUUUUAAAGAUGUUACAUGGUGUUUUUUGAAGCCAGCAAGUUACCACCCUCCGGUGUCUCUUCUUUCCACAUCUGUAACUUCUUUUUCCAGGUUUUAUUUUGUUUUAAAUUCCUAAUAAAUUAUUUGAAAACGGU